UUCGGCGUGUGGAGUUCGAGGAUGUACUUUGGAUAGGCUUUUUUCGUAAGUUCUCAGCACUUCAUGUUAUUCAGAUACGUAUCAGAAUGUCUCAAGCAAUAACUUUUAGACAGUUUUCUCACAACAAGACAGGCUAUUUUGUCUCAGGCCUUUACUGGUGCUAGGACAUUGAAGGGGUUGUUCCCAUAUUCUAGUAAUCGAAACCUACAAAAUUCUACUUAUCGAAGCUUUCAUUAAAAUAACCCAUUAAAUUACACAAAUAGUUUCUUUGAGAUUGCUGAAUGUCGUCACACAUAGAAAAAUGAGGUUUUAUCAAUGCCUAGAUUUAUCAAAGUAGUCGAUUUUUUCUUGUUCCUAGUGAAUGCUGAAGUGCCUACUUAAAACAGUUGAGUUAAUCGGUGUCUGCUAAUAUAUUAACAUUAUUGUUAAUGCCAAAAGAUGAUUACAUGGGAUUUUUAAAAAAUGUAACGGUGUAUUAAAAGCGUCGUUCUCAAAUAAUCACAACCCGUGCUAUCAUCUUUCUGCUAUGGAAGAUUACAUGAAAAUGCACACUUACGGGGAAAAAGCCAUUCAUCAAAACUUUGGAAUAGGUUUUAAAAAUCUUAAUAUUCUUAUCGGCAUUGAUGAUAAAAAAUAUCUUAUCACUUUCAGAAGGAUGGCUAGACAUAUGUCUCAUGGGAUUUUUGUUGUUCUUGAAGGAGCAGAUCGUGUAGGAAAAACAACACAAGCAUUACUUCUAGCUAAAGCUUUGUCGGAAAUCACACAUAAAGAGACUCUGUCUGUCAAAUUCCCGGAUCGUGAUACUCCUCUGGGACGUCAACUAGAUUCGUAUUUAAGUGGGAAUGGUGAUAUUAAUAAACAUGCAUUACACUUAUUGUUCACUGCAAAUAGAUGGGAAAGGCAGUCUGAAAUCCGGAAGGCCAUUUCUAAUGGAAUACCUGUUGUAGCAGACAGAUAUAUAUAUUCUGGGAUCGCUUAUACAGCUGCUAAAUCUCCACCGACUCCAAACUGGGAAUGGUGUUGGGAAAUGGAAAAAGGUCUUGUAGAACCUGACUUAGUGAUAUGUUUAACACCAGGAAAUCUAGACGAAUUAAGUUCUAGGAAUGGUUAUGGAAAUGAGCGAUAUGAGAAUGAUGAUUUUCAAAAGCGUGUUCUGGAGAAUUAUGUCCGGAUUUCCAAAGAUGUUGAAUUAGAUAAUAAAGAUAAUAAUGAUGAAAAUGAUUCAGUUGGACUUUGGCAUUUCAUUCAAGCAACAGAUAAAACUAUCGAAGAAGUGCAUAAAUGUAUUAUGGUACUCGUUAAAUCUAAAUUGGAAUCGAUCAUUGGUCCAGAAAUUCAUGAAUGUACAAAUAAAAAAGAUUAAUAAAUUCCAUUACUAUGAAUUGAAAAUUGCAC